AUGGCCGACUACAGCAGACCACCAUCUGGCGUCAAGCUCCAGCUUACACCAUUCAAAGCUCAUGUCGAUGAGCAGAAGCUCCAAGACUUCAAGACACUCCUCAAGCUGUCGCCCGUGGCACCGGCUAACUACGAGAACUCUCAUCCGUCCGUCAAUCGACGCUAUGGAACUCCGCGAGACUGGCUCAUCAACGCCAAAGACGAAUGGCUGAACAAGUUCGAUUGGCGCAAGCACGAAAAUUACAUCAACUCUUUCCCCAACUACACAGCUACAGUCCGAGACGAUGCUGGCCACGAACUUACGAUCCACUUCACUGCACUCUUCUCGCAGAAGUCAGACGCCAUCCCCCUCGCUUUCUACCAUGGCUGGCCAGGAUCCUUCUUAGAGUUUCAUCAGAUCCUCGAGUUGCUCAAGAAGAAAUACAGCCCAGAAGAUCUUCCAUACCAUGUUAUCGUGCCGAGCAUUCCCGGCUAUGCCUACUCUUCCGGCCCACCUCUGGAUUUCGACUUCAGCCUCGAGAACGCCGCCGAGGCUUUGAACAACCUCAUGGUUGGUCUCGGCUUUGGCUCUGGCUACAUCGCACAAGGCGGUGACCUGGGCUCUAUGAUCAGCAGGUAUCAGGCGGCGAAACUGGAGUCGUGCAAAGGUAUGCACCUCAACUUCUCGCCUACAGCCAGACCGAAGAAUGCGGAUGAGCUGCCCAUGGAGAAGAUUGAGCAGGAGGCGCUUACUCGCGGCUUGAAGUUCAGAGAAGAAGGCAUGGGCUACAGUCUGGAGCAUGGCACUCGCACCGCCACAAUCGGCCAUUGUUUGAGCGCCAGCCCUCUGGCUCUCUUGAGCUGGAUUGGAGAGAAGUUCCUCGAUUGGUCAGACGAAGACCCAUCGCUCGAGCACAUAUUGGAAAGCGUGACUCUCUACUGGAUGACCGACACGUUUCCUCGCUGUAUCUAUCCCUACCGCGGAGUGAGUCUACCUCGUGGACGCGAACGACCAUACGUCGAGAAGCCCUCUGGGUACUCCUUCUUCCCCAAGGAGCUCGUUCCGAUGCCAAAGAGCUGGGUUGCUGACACCUGCAACCUUGUCUCGGCUUCGAUUCACACUUCUGGCGGACAUUUCGCUGCUAUGGAGAAGCCGAGCGAGUUGCUCCAAGACGUGGAGGAGUACAUCAAGAAGGCAUGGAAAGCGCCUAGUGGUAAGCUGUAG